CUCUCCGUUUUUCACACGUGCGCAAUCCGUUCCUAAACCGCUGUACCUCCCGGAAGCUCCUCAUUCCGCUGCUUGGGGUCCUGAGCUCACAUCUCGUCCUGAAGCAAAUUUUUUAUUCUCCUCCAGAACUGUUUCUGGCUGCCUUUAAUCCUCCAGCCUAAGCCAUGCCGUCUCUUCCCUCGCCCAAGGAGGCCUCCGUCAAAGUGUGCCCUCACUCCACCAAGCUGCACGCCCACACCAACGGCGGCGGCGGCAAGCUCCGCGACGGCUCCUGCCCGGUCAACGGGAGCACGCCGGAGGACCUCGACGACUCCAGCAGGACCAUUCAGAUUAAAACGAAAAACCCGGCUGUGGACAGGAAGUGGAUCCGGCCAGACCUCCCAAGCCGCUGCACAUGGAGUCUGGAGGCCUCUAAGUCCGACUCCCCCCACGCACACGUUUCAAAGGCCGCCUCUCCUACAAUCCUUCCCAACAUUCUACACAGGAUUGGCGACACUCCUAUGGUGCGACUCAACAAGAUUCCCAAAGCCUUUGGCAUCAAAGGCGAAAUACUGGCCAAGUGUGAGUUCUUCAACGCCGGAGGCAGUGUGAAGGACAGGAUCAGUCUGCGGAUGAUAGAAGAUGCAGAGAAAGCCGGAGACCUCAAGCCUGGGGAUACGAUAAUAGAGCCCACCUCAGGAAACACGGGUAUUGGAUUGGCUCUGGCUGCUGCUGUUAAAGGGUACCGUUGCAUCAUCGUCAUGCCUGAGAAAAUGAGCAUGGAGAAGGUGGAUGUCCUCAGAGCUCUUGGAGCCGAAAUCGUCCGAACUCCCACCAGCGCUCGUUUCGAUUCUCCUGAGUCUCACGUAGGCGUGGCCUGGCGCCUGAAGAACGAGAUCCCAGACUCUCACAUUCUGGACCAGUACCGCAACCCGAGCAAUCCCCUGGCCCACUACGACACCACGGCCGAGGAGAUCCUGGAGCAGUGCGAUGGUAAAGUGGACAUGCUGGUGGCAGGAGCAGGAACAGGAGGAACGAUUACAGGCAUCGCUCGUAAACUAAAGGAGAGAUGCCCAAACAUCAAAAUUAUCGGCGUCGACCCAGAAGGAUCCAUCCUGGCCGAGCCUGAGGAAAUCAAUAAGACUGAUAAGGGCCCGUACGAGGUGGAGGGGAUCGGGUACGACUUCAUCCCCACCGUGCUUGACAGAUCUGUGGUUGAUACCUGGUACAAGUCUAACGACGAGGAGUCCUUCAACAUGGCUCGGAUGCUCAUCAGAGAUGAGGGCCUGCUCUGCGGAGGCAGCUCUGGGACCGCCAUGGCUGCUGCUGUGAAGUUUGCCAAAGAGCUGAAGGAGGGCCAGCGCUGCGUGGUCAUCCUGCCGGACUCCAUCCGCAACUACAUGUCAAAGUUCUUGAGCGACAAAUGGAUGGUCCACAAAGGCUUCCUUAGAGAGGAGGACAUCAUGGUGAAGAAGCCCUGGUGGUGGAAUCUGAAGGUGCAGAGCUUGAACCUGUCGGCCCCUCUCACCGUCCUGCCCACAGUUACCUGCCAGCAGAGCAUCAAGAUCCUGAAGGAGAUGAGCUUCGACCAGGCGCCUGUAGUGGACGAAGCAGGGGUAAUCCUUGGGAUGGUGACACUAGGAAACAUGCUGUCAUCAAUUCUGGCAGGGAAGAUCAAGCUGUCUGAUCCCGUCAGCAAAGUGCUCUACAAACAGUUCAAACAGAUUCGCCUGAAUGAUAAUUUGGGGAACUUGUCUCACAUCCUGGAAACGGAUCAUUUUGCCUUGGUGGUGCAUGAACAGAUCCAAUACCUGACCAAUGGCUCAACCGAACUAAAGCAGAUGGUUUUCGGCGUGGUGACGGCCGUCGACCUGCUCAACUUCGUCACCUGCCGGGAAAAGCGAGAACGCUCCGUGUCGGAGUCCACUGACGAGCUGUGAUCAGCCGUGUUGCACAAAAAUAAAAGGGUAAAUACUGAUGAGUUCAGCGGACUUGUUCUAAAAUUGGCAAUAGAAAAAAACAGCUUUGAAGUGUUCGAUUGUGGUUUUUUUCCUAUUUUGAGUUUAAGAGAAAUAUUCUUUUAGGUUCUGAUUUAAUGUUUUUAAUAAGGAAAUCUAAAUAAUUGAGCUUUUGUGGAGUUUUAGUUUUUCCUGCAAGCUAUUUUUUAUCAUUGUUUAUACUUAAAGCUUUUUCUUAAGUUUUUUUUUUUUAUUUCUGAACGGCUUAUUUCUUUUCUGUAACGUCUCAUCAGAGGCUGUUUGAGUUGUGCUUUAACUGUUUGAUUGUAAAACUGUGGUGUUUCUGCACGAAGCAGAAAAAAAAAAUGGCCACAUCUGAGAAAUGGACUGUACAUAGGCAUACAUUGUGAGUUUACUGUAUCUUUUUCUUGUCUGCCAGGCAACUGUAAGAAAUCUUGACUAUUUAAUCUUAGACUUGUCUUGGAGGAAAUAUUUUGUAUCGCAUUGCUUUUCUUCAAUGAAUGUAUGAAAAAGAAUAAAGGUUAAGCAAAGUGAAACCAGA